ACACUCCCGGUCUCAAAUUGCGGUUAUUAAAAAAAACUCCUUCUCCUGAUGCCUUCAUUUUCCUUCAAAACCAUAUUAUUAUAUGUCAUCAACUGAAGCGAAAUUCAGCAUAGUUUAGCUCUGCACGUGUAUUGAAUCAAAGUCUUUUCUAUUGGUACGCGUUGAAUAUUAAUGGUCUUCAAGCUUCCAUGAACUCAGCAUCGGGAAGUGGGGCAACUGCACAAUAACAUCAACAGGAAAUAAUAUGGUUUAAGUUUUGGUUACGUGGCUUAGUGGUUUUCCUGGUUGCAAAGUAAACAUUGGGACUGCAAUGAGGAAUUGUGACUUACAUGGUAUCGUUGCGAUUGUUACUAUCGAUGUUAUUAUAAGCUUCCUUUUCUUACUAGUUGAGUUUUUCUAUGUUCGUGAUGUGUAAGUCUUUCUCCUGGUCACUAAAUUAGUACAUGACCAUAUUUUUUCUUGAUUUGAGAUAUCUAACGUGUCCCCUCAUGCCUAACAUGUUCCCGAAAACCAAAAUCUGAACAUCUCAAACAAGAAAAUGGAAGAAUGUCCGUUAAUGGGUAACACCAUUUUAUAAAGUGAACUUUAAACUUACAUAAAUCUUACAAAUCAGCUUAUAAGUUGAGAUUUUGCAUCUAAUUAUAUAUUAUAUAUUAUGAUUUGGUUAUAUCUAGCUGAAGUGAGUUGGAUACAUAGACUAAAGAGAUAGUCAAAUUAUAAUAUGUAGGUGGUUACAAACUUCACUUUAGAAUUUAUUUUUGUGAUAUUAAAUUAGAUUUGAAGUUCAUCUUCCAAAAAUAGAGAAGAGUAGCGAUGAAUUCAAUAACAAAAUACCAGAAUUGUAGCUUUACAUCUGCUAAUUAGCGUUAUAUUUUCAGUGUGUUCAAGUUCAUAUAAUUCUUGUACGUAUGUGUGAUGUUUCUUCCCUUCUCCACUUGUUGGGGCAAAAAUAAGUUUUAUUGUCUUGCUUAUGCGAAUAUUGACAGAUUGCUGCUCUGUUUUACAAGGUUUAUCUGGUAUUAUUGUAAGUGUUGGUAUACUAGUCUGGAGCAGAAGUUUGCCAAGGAAACUGCUUUUAGCUGAUUGCUUUGUCAUAGUAUGGACUUGAAUGAGUUUUCAAGUGUCGGUGUGACUAGUUCGGCAGGAAUUCCUUGCACAUCAUCUUAUAAUCCUAUUUCAGCAAUACCCAACAGGUUGCUUGGAUCCUUAGAACAAAACAUAGAACACUCUCCUAAUUCGGCCCUUUCUACCCAUUUUGAUUCUGAUACCCUUUCUUCUGCGCUAAGUGACGGCCAAGAACAGCACACCGCUGGGGAAAUUCACUCUGGUGUAAACCCUUUGCAGGAAACCAAUCAUUAUUUGUAUAGGCCAGUCUCACCUGUGGACCAUCUCCAAGACGGUAAGCAUCUAUCUACUAGAUGCUUUUUUCCACUGGAUAUAGGUUAUGAUCAUGAAACAAGGUAUGCAUUGCUGGAACUAGAAAGUGCUUUGAUGGCACCUGAUGGUGAUGAUCAAGUCACCACAUCAAGCACUUCUUUGGGUGUUAGCAGAAGGUCUACAACAUCUGCCCAGAGAAAUAGGUCCUGGAGCCAUGAGGGGCAGCCGAGUGAUGUUGCACGAGUAGGUAAGCGUCACAAAUCAACUGAGGAAGUAUCACUACAAGGAUUCCCAUCAACCAAUUUGAAAGAAUUGCUGAUUGUAUCAGCCAAAGCCUUGUCUGAAAACAACAUGAAAGAUUUUGAUCGACUGAUAGAGAAGGCUAGAAGUGUUGUGUCUAUAACUGGGGAGCCAAUCCAGCGCCUUGGUGCUUAUUUGGUGGAAGGACUUGUUGCUAGGAAGGGGGCAUCAGGGAAUAACAUCUACCGUGCGCUCAGAUGCAGAGAACCUGAAGGAAAAGACUUGCUCUCUUACAUUCAGCUACUGUAUGAAAUAUGUCCCUACUUAAAAUUUGGUUACAUGGCUGCCAAUGGCGCCAUUGCUGAAGCUUGUAGAGAUGAGGACCAGAUCCAUAUCAUAGACUUUCAGAUUGGUCAGGGAAUUCAAUGGAUGACACUUCUUCAAGCUCUUGCUGCAAGACCUGGUGGAGCUCCUCAUGUGCGGAUAUCAGGGAUUGAUGACCCCCUUUCUAAAUAUGUUCGUGGUGAUGGAUUAGAAGCCGUUGGAAAAAGGUUGGCUGAAAUAUCUCAGACAUUUAACAUCCCAGUAGAGUUCCACAGUGUGCCUGUUUUAGCUCCAUAUGUGACAAAAGACAUGCUUGACAUCAGGCCUGGUGAGGCUUUGGCUGUGAAUUUCCCUUUGCAACUCCAUCACACGGCUGAUGAGAGUGUGGAUAUGAAUAAUCCAAGGGAUGGACUUUUGAGAUUGGUGAAAUCACUUUCUCCCAAGGUAACUACGUUGAUUGAGCAAGAGUCGAACACUAAUACCACUCCUUUCUUCAACAGGUUUAUAGAAACCUUGGAUUACUACUUGGCAAUUUUUGAGUCCAUUGAUGUGUCUCUUGCAAGAAAGAGCAAGGAUCGAAUUAAUGUUGAACAACAUUGUCUGGCACGGGAUAUUGUCAAUAUUGUUGCUUGUGAAGGGAAGGAAAGGGUAGAGAGACAUGAACUAUUAGGCAAGUGGAAGUCUAGGUUCACAAUGGCUGGAUUUUCUCAAUAUCCUUUAAGUUCAUACGUUAAUUCUGUCAUAAGGAGCCUGCUUAGGUGCUAUUCAGAACAUUAUAAUCUUGUGGAGAAGGAUGGGGCCAUGUUGUUAGGAUGGAAGGACAGAAAUUUGAUUUCAGCUUCAGCAUGGCAUUGAUUACAUGCAGAGAGGAAAUAUUGUACUUGGGGUAGAAAUAUCUUGCUGACAGCUUUAUGUUGAUUUCCAGGGCCAUGUGUCCCUUAUCAUUGAUUUAAAGGUCGUUGUUCCUAUAUGGAAUUUCAUAUCAUAGUGAUGCUAUAACAAUUCUUUUAUGGAAUAUUUAGUUAUGUACAGGGUUUUGGUUAACAAAUUUUUACUUGUUCCUCAAACUUAUCCCUUGUCUUCAACAAAAAAAUUCAAUAAUUUCACAAUAAGAUUGCUGACCGCUGGCUACAUUCUUAUGCGAUAAAUUUUGUUGCUUUACCCAUUUUUGUUUUGAUAACAUUGUU